GAUUUAUAGCAGCCAUUCUCAGGUGGAACUGACACAGAGAGAAAGACACUCAACACCAACAUGUGGCAUCGAGAGGAGCUGCUGAAGUUCAUCUACCACGCCUUUAAUGCCCUGCAGAGGGACCACCGGGGGAAAGUUCCCAAAUCUCAGCUGAAGGUGUUGACUCACAACCUGUGCACCGUGAUGAAGAUCCGUCUUGACCCCACAAUCCUUGAAGAACAUUUUAAGGAUGACAAUAAAGGGCCUCUGUCCAAACAUGGCUACAUGCCCUAUCUGAACAAGUUCAUACUUGACAAGGUGAGGGAGGACUUCGACAUACUGGCAUUUACAAAGAUGUGCUGGACACUGUGUUUCAAGAAAAACUACAACAAACCUCUCAUCAUUACGGAGGACGAUGCCUUCAAAGUCUGGUGCAUUUUCAACUUUCUGUCAGAGGACGAAUAUCCACUAGUCAUCAUUAUUGAAGAGAUUGAGUUCUUUCUACGAAAGCUGGUGGAGACCAUGGGCAGUGAGUGGAGUCAGGAGAAGUUUGUUAAUUACAAGCAGCAGCUGAGUCCAAGAAACUGCCUGACGGCCUGGGAGCUGGUAGAACUGGUGGGAAUGGAUCAUUUCAGCCUGGGCCACCAGGCCCUGUCUGUGGGCAUCAACGAGGUCUUCCAGGAGCUCAUAUUGGAUGUUCUCAAGCAGGGUUACAUGAUGAAAAAAGGCCAUAAAAGGAAGAAUUGGACCGAGCGCUGGUUCAUCCUUCAACCCAACUCACUGUCAUACUAUGACUGUGAGGAUCUGGUAGAGAAGAAAGGAAAUAUUAUCCUGGACCGAAACUGCUGUGUAGAGUCUGUGGCAGAUAGAGAGGGAAGAAAAUGUCUCUUCGUUAUCAAAUGCAUUGAUAGAAGCUUUGAAAUCAGUGCAUCAGAUAAAAAGAAGAAACAGGAAUGGAUUCAAGUUAUUGAAAUGUGCCUCUUGCAUAUACGGCUGGGGCUGCGGUCUCCUCAUCGUGACGCUCGACUACGGCGCAGGGGGCUCAGGCAACAAAAACAGGCAGAGGAGGAAUUCUUGGUGGAGACUAUGAAGCAGCUUCAGGCAGCAAACGAGGAGAAACAGUUGCUGCUGGAGGCAAUGGAGGAGAAAGUGAACAAGGCUGCAGCUAAGGCAGCAUCAGAGGUGGACAUGAGGAAGAAGACACAGCUGGAUCUGCAGGAUCGCUUCAGACUGGACCUGGACAGAGAGAAGAUGUUGCGUCAGCAGAUGGAGGAGCAGAUGGCUAAGAAGUCAAAUGAACUGGACCAGUACCUGCAGCGAGUCCGUGAGCUGGAGGACAUGUACCAUCGACUAGAGGAGGCACUAGAGGAUGAGAGACAAGCCAGACGGGAGGAGGAGGACAUGUUGAAACUGCAGACAAGGCUGCUGGAGGAGGAGGCUGGAAAGAGAGCAGAGCUGGAGCAGAUCCACCUGCAGCAGCAGAGGGCGCUCUCUCAGACUGAGGCGGAGAAGCGGGUGCUGGUCUCUGCACAGUUGGUAAAGGAGAGGGAGCUGCAGAGUACCAUGCAGCAGCUGGAGAGACUGGAGAAGGAGAGACAGGGGGCAGUGGAGCAGUACCAGAAUGUGUCCAGAAAGUUGGAGAGAGCCACUCAGAAGACAAAGACGUGGAAGGACAAGGUGGCUAAACAUGAGGGGCUGGUGCGGCUCAUCCAGCCAGGUCACAAAGUGAAUCAGAGAAUCACCAACUGGGGCCCAGCAUCGGUUACUGACACUGAGCUGGAGAUUAGGAAGAAGUCAUGGCAGAACAGAAAGAGCCAUGAUCAUGAUUGCUGAAGCUCUAACUGUUACAUUUUAGACCUGAAAACCUGAAUCAACAUUGACAUAAUGGCUGGAAUUUUUUAUUAUAAUUAUUAUUAUUUGUUAACUUAGAUAUUGUAAAGAUGACGAUGAUGAUUGCCCAUUUGUUUGUAUCUUUGGGAAAAAUAACAAACUAAACCUCAGACCUUUUUGCUAUAUUGAUGCAAGUUAAUAUUUAUGACCGUGUCCACAAGAUGUCGCCCCUUUAACACGAUCCUCAGGUUGUUAUUUGCAGAGAAGGAAUAGAGGUCAUUGUGUUGAUGCUGCACCUAAAUCACAAGCACACAGUGUCCAAAUUCUUCGUGCUUCUUAGUAAAUCUCCCUGUUUUUACCACUACUCAACAAUGUUGGGAAUGUUUGCUUUAUACCAUCUGCAUGUUGAAGAGUUCUCUACAGGAACUUUAUUUUUACACACUGAACAAACACACGGUACUAUGAUUCCACUUCAUAAACAUAUAUUUUUGCAUUUUGUGAUUAGAAAAGAGACAAAAUGUAUGCUCUUGUUUGUUCUUCAAAAUAACCUGCAGCAUGAAUACAAAACGUUUUUGCUUAUUAAUCUGACGAAUGUUGAAAAAAAAAAACCUGAUAGAAUAAAGUCUCUUUAAAUAACA